AUGCCCCAGCCUGCUAAUGGCCGCUUUCACGAUGAGCACACCCCGCUCAUCGGCCGCACCCAAAACUACGCAGACGAGUCGCGCGUCAAGACGCUGCCCAAGCACAUCCUGCAUCUCAUCUACGCCACUCUGUCCAGCAACUAUGUCAACGUCUUGCUCGUCUUUGUCCCCAUCGGCAUCGUCGCCGGCGCCUUGUCCUGGAACCCGACCGUCGUUUUCAUCCUCAACUUCAUCGCAAUCAUCCCUCUCGCCGCCCUUUUGAGUUUCGCCACCGAGGAGCUCUCCGCCAAGCUCGGUCAAACCCUUGGUGGUUUGAUGAAUGCGACGUUUGGAAAUGCCGUCGAGCUGAUUGUUUCCAUCGUUGCCCUCAGGCAGGGUGAGAUUCGAGUUGUCCAGGCCAGCAUGCUCGGCAGUAUCCUGUCCAACAUUCUUCUUGUACUUGGAUGCUGCUUCCUUGCUGCUGGCAUCAGGGAGCGCGAAAGUCGUUUCAAUGAGACUGUCGCAUCUACCAUGUCGUCGCUCAUGGCCGUCGCCUCCGCCUCGCUCAUCAUCCCUGCUACCCUCUACGCCGUCAUGCACACCGACAGCAAACAAGGCGACCUUGAGACGGACCAGAACAUCCUUGUCCUCUCCCACGGCACCGCCAUCAUCCUUCUCAUCAUCUACGUCCUCUACCUCUACUUCCAGCUUUACUCGCACCACAGUCUUUUCGCUGAUGUCGAGGCACAAGAAGGCGAGGAUCAGGAAGAGCCCGAGAUUCUCUCGCCCAAGGCUGCCGGUGUUGCCUUGAUCGUCGUUACUAUCCUUGUCUCCAUCUGCGCUGAGUACCUCGUCGACAGCAUCGACUCGAUUGUUGAAUCAGCCCAUAUCAGCAAGACAUUCGUUGGUCUGAUUCUGAUCCCCAUCGUUGGAAACGCCGCCGAACACGUCACAGCCGUCGUUGUCGCAUACAAGGGCAAGAUGGACCUCGCUAUCAACGUGGCCAUUGGAUCCUCUAUGCAAAUCGCCCUCUUCGUCACCCCCUUCCUCGUCAUCCUCGGCUGGAUCAUCCACCAACCCAUGACUCUCCACUUCCAAGGUUUCGAGACGAUGAUCUUCUUCAUCUCGGUCCUGAUUGUCAACUACCUGAUCCAAGACGGAAAGAGCAACUAUCUCGAGGGCGCCAUGUGCAUUGCCAUCUAUGCCAUCAUCGCUCUCGCCUUCUACAUUUAUCCCGACAACGCUGCCGGCAACAUCACCAACGAGGUUAUCAGGCGCUUCUUCGCCACGAGCUAGAUCACGACCCUUUCUUUUUUUCGGUUUCAACAUUGAGCGCGCAUGCUACCUGCAAGCCAGGCCUAUUCAUGCGCUUGUUGCUGAGAGCAACCCCCUUCCCCCGUUUCCUUAUGUUUCGUGUACCAAAAGACAGAGCAAAUUGCAGCUUACAUCACUUUAUGUUUAAUCCUUCAUGGUGGAUGUUUCCUAUAUGUGUUUUUUUCCUAUGUAUGUACGGUGGGCGGUUAUCCUGUGGUUCUUUUUCCCUGUACGAGUAUCUGUGGGGCGGUGCAACUGGUCUUGGCGUUUUCUCUGCUUGUGGCAGUGCGGCGGGAACAAGCGAAGUGUGGCUGAUCACGAUUUCUUCGGUCCGUGCACCACCCCGAUCCCCGGGCCCAUCAGUGCAUCAGCGUGGGCAUCGGGGGCCCAUUGUCGUCUGAACUGUGCACAAAGUUAAAUAUGUCGGAAAAAAAAAUAAACAGAGAAAAUGCUUAAAGAGACGUCGUCGUGGUGCUU